CAUAGGAUUAAUGAAAAAAGGGAUUAAAUUUAGAAAAAAAAAAAAUAUAGCUUUAAAAAAAAAGGAACUAACGCUGUUGCCGUAGACGGCUUCUUCUUGUUAAUUGCUUGAACGUUCUAAUAUCUUUCACAGAAAAAUAAUACAAGGGUUUGUCAAGUUCGGGUCUCCAAAAUCUAUGCUUUCAAAAUCUUAUUUCAGUUUAACCUUCUCCAAGCCAAAUCAAACCAUGUUCAUCCAUCAAUUUUCUUCUUCUUCAUGCUAUUUGAACAUCCUCAAAGGCUUGAACCAAAACUGAUUUUGUACUGAGAAAGUAUCAAACAAGAGGAAGAAGAAGAUGGAGAGGAAGACCAUUGAAUUAAAAAAUAAGUUUUUUUUUUGGAGUUGAACCUCUGAUUAAAUCUACAAACAAAUUGGAUCUAAGAAGAAGUGCCCAAAAAGAGAACAAAGGAGAGUAGCAGAGAACAAGCUACAAAGGAGAGUAGCUGAGAAGAAAAUACAAAGAAGGAAGAAGAAGAAGAGCCUUGAGCCGCAAGAAACAGAAGAGUGAAGAAGAAGCAUCGGUGUGAGAACAAAUAUAGAGACUAAGAGUGAGUAAACAAAAGAAACAAAUAUGAUGAAGAGGCUGGCCGAGAGUAGUUGAGCUUGGAUAAUUCCUUCGCUAGAAUAGAUAAAAAGUUUGAUGAUCUUAUCAACUUGAAGAUAGCAAGACAUGCGAGCUUUACAACCACACUUUGUGGUUGGUCGUGCAUAUGAUUUCUUGACCUUAGGUUCUUGUCUAAGCCCCUCUUUUGAGCAUACAUAAACCAUCCUUACUAGCUUGUUGUUUUUCUUCGCAGUCCGCUGUCUCCUUACGUCGAAACCAUGAUUGCCUCCAUACUUUCUAUAAGCUUUAUAUGCAGACUCAUCAGAACUGAAAUCCAUUCCAAUACAGAGCUCAUGUUUUUUCUGAUUUUCAUUGUUUGCCUCUAAAGCAUCAACAUCUUCAAUCUGAAGAUAAUUCUCAUUGUUGCUUAUAUCCUCUUCUUCACUGAAAUCACUGAUAGAAGCAUCUUCAUCGCUGACUAAAGCAUCGUCAUCACUGAGUGUAGCAUCUUUUUUCUCGGCUAAAAACUCAUCUGAAUUCUAACUUAACAAACUAGUUUCACCUGAGACUUGCAAACCAGAUUCAUCUUGAUUAGCAGGAACAAUUUCUUUACCACUUAAAUGAGUACUCUCCAUUGCAACUAUAUAGAAAAAUAUAAACAGUAGUUAAAAAUUAGUCUAGAUAACGUAGAACAAUUAUGAGUACAACAAAAAGGCUCCUACAUCACGAUUUGACCUUAGUUCUGUCCUCUUAUACAUGACAAAAAAUUCAUCAAAAUUUGAAAAAUUAACUAAUGAGUAAAUGAACAGAUUGCGUAGAGGCAUGUGGGAAUUGAUGAAAAAUAAUUAAAGAUGUCUCCCAUGACAAGCUAAGCAAUAGAAUGUCCCAAUAAACAACUUUGAUUCAUUCAGUGGAACCCCACUAAACGUAAUAAUCAUUAGUCAUCAAAACUCUUUUCUUCUCAUAGUUAUUAGUUAUUGCCAGAACAAUUGUGACUUUAAUGGUGUAUAAUCAUUAGUCAUCGAUUUUUUGUCACGAUCAAAAUAAAGCAAUAAAACCUAAUUGACUCAAUCUCUCUAAUAUGAUCAAGAGAUAUAUAUAACAAACCAUAAUUAAACUUGAGAUUAAUUAUGUUAAUUGAGUGAUGACGUAUCUCAAACAAACCUGUAAGUUAUGUGAAAAUUUUUUUAGGAGUUUCUGGGAAGAAGAAGAAGAAGACGCCGAUGGAUUAAGAAGAAAAAAUCAGAUCAAAACUAACGGCGGCUUAGCUUAACGUUAGUUCUUUUUUUUAAAGCUAUAUUUUUUUUUCUUUUCUAAAUUUAAUCCCCUCUUUCAUUAAUCCUAUGUGGCAGUUUGAUUGGUGUAAAAAAGUGGGGUGAAUUAUAAGAUUCACCUUAGUGGGUGAACCCAAGUUCUGUCCAACAUUUUUAUAUCAUUCUUUGAGCAUACAAUAUUGGUUUUGAACAAGUUGUUUGUGACAAUCCGCUCCGUGGGAACUACCUGUCCCGUGGAACCCAGACUCACAGCGCUGCAGCGCACCGACCCCAACUUCUUCAUUAUGAAUUCUCUCUAAUUCCAUAAUUAGGUUGUUGGUGAGCCUCGAAUCCAGGACCUCACCCUUUAACAGCAUUCCCACAGGACAAACUGUCACCAAUUGACCUACAACGCUGUGAGCCUGGGUCCCACGGGGCAGGUAGUUCCCACGGGGCGUGUUGUCACAUUAUUACAGACAGAAGAGAAGUUCAGAUCGGAUAAUGUACUGAUUGACAAGGGAAAAUUAGUGGGGCUGCUAGUUUAUGUAUUUUAAUAGAUUUAAAGUUCUAAAUUUUUGUGAUUAUCUAUGUCUAAGUCAUGGGUUAUUGGUUAUGUACUUAUGUAAUUUAUAAAUACUACUUUAAAUUAUUAUUAUUCAAUCAUAUAAAUUCAUCAGUUGAUUUGAUUUUACAAUAGACUUGACUGAUUUUGGAUGGAUUUUUAAUUAAAAAUAUAAAAAAAUUAAAUUCAGAAAUUUAUAAAUAUUAAUUAAAAUCCGUACUUUGGAUUUGGAAAUCAGCAAAAAAAUUUUACUUAGGUUUGUAAAUUAUAUAUUCCUUCCGUUUCAGAAAGAUGUAUGUUUUAGGUUUAUUACACUUAUUAAAAAAAACACCGUCCCGGCUCUGGCCAUGUGUUGUGCAUUUCCAGAGUACCCAUUUUAUUUUUUGAUUUUUUUCAGCUAAGCUUAGGGCCCCAUUUUUUUUAUAAAAAAAAAAUUGUACGAAGAAAUGAACCUCUAAAUUUGUAACACAUAGCCCAAUUUAUGUUUGAGACAAACCUGAAAAAACAUAUAAGAUUUUAGUUACCAAUGCAUUAUUUUCUGUUAUCAACUAUUUUUCACAAUUUUUAACCAAAAAAAUCUUAAUAAACACCAUUAUGUUUUUUGAACUUUACAAUUUGCAAUCAAUUUAUUCAUUGAAAAUGUAAAAUAUACUCCCUUUUUUAUAAUAAAUGUUAUUUUAAUUUUUUUUUUGUUACAAAAAAAUGUCAUUUUACAAUUCCAAUGCAAUUAUACUUACUUUCAGCUGUAAAUUAAUUACAAAUUGUAUUGAUUUUAUAAAUAAUUUUAUUUAUCUCAAAAUACUAUUGGUUAGAGGGGUAUAAAUAAUAAUAACUUUCAUAUAUUUCCGCCACUUUCUUUAUUUGUGUGAAAAAUGUCAAAAUGACACUUAUUUAGAAACGGAAAAAUAAUAUUUUUUUUGAAACAGUUUUUUUGUUUCUAAAAUAUCGAUUUUUUUUAAAAUGGAAAAUGUAUAAUUUUUAAAUGUAUUAAAAUACAUUAUGAAUAGGUCUGAAAAGUCAACUUGGUAAAACCAAAUCAACUUUCCCCAUAUCAGAAUGCUGAGCCCGAACAUCAUUUAUUGUAUUUCAUCGGUAAAAUACUAAUAAUAGAAUAAAAUUUAAUUAAUAAAUACAAUUUUAAUCUUAUGAAACUAAAUUAAAUCAACUCUCAUGUGCCACAAUACUUUUUUUUUUUGAAAUUUGGGCCUUCAAUAGUUUUGGACCGUCUAUGGGCAUCACAUGGUCGUUUUUUCACUCGUAAAACGAAACUCAAAGUGUAAGCCCACGAUUUUCACAACUGCAUCAUGUUUAUUCACACAAUCCAGUUAAUAAAUAAACCCAUUUAAUACAACUCUCUCAAGUCAAACUGAAACCUCUGCAUAAGAACAUGAUUAAUGAAAGGAUUUUUAGGGUAAAUUUUUAGUAAAAUAUUAGAAAACAUCUCUCAACUUUUAACUAAAAAAACAAUAACCGACUCUUAAGUAUCUUAGUUUAAGAGCCAGUUUUUAGUUUUUUUAGUUAAAAGUUAAGAGACGGUUUCUUAUAUUCUGCUAAGCACUCCACCCUAAGAAUCCCCCAUUAGUCAUGCUCUAACUACUCUAAACGAAGUUAAUGUGGAUCCCAUCUUCAAAGUGCCAUGGAGUCCAGACAUUGGCUCCCUAUUCCCACGUAAGUCCUUUUCUCUUUUUAUCAUUACUUUCUCGACUUUGAUGAAAGAUUACUAUGGCUUUAGUUUCAUACACAAUAGCGUUGACUUUUUGGAUUGUUAGAUUGUGUAUUUAUGUUUUGUUCUCAAAUUUUAAGUAGCUACUGCGUUUUUCUUUCAUAUAGUGACAAGCGAAGCAAGAGGAGAUUCGUGAGUGAAACAAGUGUUCACAGCAAGUUCUCAACUCUAAAACCUGUGUUGGUAGUUACAAUGCUGGUUGCUCUGUUCACUCUCUACCAUUCUCCACCGCUACAAAUUGUUGAAAGCACAUCAAGUUUUGUUAUACUAGAACCCAAUAUUGCUACUGAUCUUCGCUAUAUAUCUACAGCUGAGAUAAACUGGAACCAUAUGUCACAUAUUGUUAAGAGUUACUUACCUAGUAGAAGCGAGUAUCAAGGAACAGGCUUUCUAAAUGUUAACAAUAUGGAGAUUGAUCAAUGGAAGGAGGUAAUGAAAUUUGGCUAUGAACAUAUAGAUCUGCAUCUAGACCAUGCAGCAGAUAACAUAACUUGGGAUUCUCUAUACCCUGAAUGGAUCGAUGAAGCAGAAAAAUUUCAAGUCCCCAUAUGUCCUUCUCUUCCUUGGGUUCAAGUUCCUGGUAAACCUCGAAUCGAUCUUGUCGUUACAAAGCUUCCGUGUAACGUAUCAGGAACAUGGUCAAGAGAUGUGGUUAGAUUGCACUUGCAACUCGCGGUAGCUCGAGUGGCUUCUUCUUCAAAAGGGCUUCAUGAUGUUCACGUGAUUUUGGUAACUGGUUUCUUCCCAAUCCCAAAUCUUUUUACAGGUCAAGAGCUUGUGACCAGACAAGGAAACACAUGGCUUUACAAGCCUAACCUUAGUCAGUUAAGACAGAAGUUACAGCUUCCUAUUGGUUCAUGUGAACUCUCUGUUCCUCUACAAGCUAAAGGUCAGUACUCAGUAGUAGGCAUGGGUUUUUCGGUUCGGGUCAGUUAUUUUGGAUAUGAUCCAUUUAAGAACCGAAGAAAUUUUGGUUUGGGUCGGUUGGGUAUAAUCUGUAAAGUUAAGAACCUGUAAUUACCUGAAAAAUUUAGGUAUAAUCUGGUUUCAGUUAAGUUCUUUCUGAUUUGGAAAUUUUAAAUAAAAUUAUUGGAUAUUUCAGAUUUUUUAAGAUAUUUUGGAUUAAAAAAACCCACAUUUUUGGAUAAUUCAAUAAUUUUAGAUAAUUUGGAUUUUUAGAUGCUUGCAGACAUUUAAUUGGUUUUUAAAUUAUAUUAUAUAUAUAGUUACUUUACAUUUAUAUAUAAUAAUAUUUUAUGUAUAAAUUUGUAUUUUAUAUAUUCAUAUACCUAUUCAGUUUUUUUAUUCAGCUCCUGCUUUGGUUCGGAAAAUUCGGAUAUAAAAAUAUAUUGGAAUGUUCAGAUAUUUGCGAGUAGGUGUUGAUUAUUUCGGUUUGGAUCGGUUAUUUGAAUAUCGGAUAAAAUGCCUAGGACUAUUCAGUAGCAACUAGCAAGUUUCUUUAGUCUUCUAGUUUUAUCUGAUGAUGAUCAUUUCUAAAUUGCAGAUAACUUCUACUCAUCAAACACAAAGAAAUAAGCUUAUGCGACAAUCUUGCACUCUGCUCAAGGUUAUGUCUGUGGAGCCACUGCAGCUGCACAAAGCAUUCGAAUGUCUGGCUCUACUCACGAUCUUGUCAUACUCGUCGAUGAUUCCAUAACCGAACACCAUAGAAACGGUUUGGAAUCUGCUGGAUGGAAGAUUCAGAUGUUUCAAAGAAUCAGAAACCCAAAAGUUAAACCAAACACAUACAACGAAUGGAACUACAGUAAGUUCUGUCUUUGGCAACUGUCUGAAUACGACAAGAUCAUCUUUGUGGAUGCAGACAUGCUUAUACUUCGAAACAUCUACUUCCUCUUCGAGUUCCCUGAGAUAUCAGCGAUGGGAAACGACGCUACGCUCUUCAACUCCGGUUUAAUGGUGGUUGAACCAUCCAACGUAACGUUCAAGCUACUUAUGGAUCACAUGGACGAAGUUGUGUCUUACAAUGGUGGAGAUCAAGGUUACCUCAAAGAGAUAUUCACAUGGUGGCAUCAUAUUCCAAAGCACAUGAAUUUCUUGAAACAUUUUUGGGCAGGUGACAAGCCUAAGAUCAAUAGGUUGAAGACGAAGCUGUUUGGUUUUGAUCCUCCGGUUCUGUACGUUGUUCAUUACUUAGGUUAUAACAAGCCAUGGUUAUGCUUUAGGGACUAUGACUGCAACUGGAACGUUGAAGGUUACCAUCAGUUCGCGAGUGAUGAAGCGCAUAAGACUUGGUGGAGAGUUCACGACGCGAUGCCUGAGAGUUUGCAGAGGUUUUGUUUACUGAGGUCGGAGCAGAAGGCGAAGCUUGAUUGGGAUAGGAGACAAACGGAUAAAGGGAAGUACAUAGAUGGACAUUGGAAGAUUAAGAUUGAAGAUAAUAGACUUGAGACUUGCUUUGAAACAUUUUGUAACUGGGAGAUUAUGCUUCUCAAUUGGGGUGAGACCAACACCACUGGAAACUCGUCCAUCGCCGCUUCAUCGCCAUCGUUAAAAACUGCCGCAAAAACUUCCCUGUAGUAGUUGUUGUUAGUGUUCUGUUUAUGGUACAAAAUUAUUAGGAAUAGGCGUUUUAAUUACCAGUUCUUAUGAUAAAAUAUUGAGUUAAUUAAGUGUAUGUAUUAGUUCUAAAGUCAUAAUUUUGUAUUAGCAUGUAUUGAGACAACAUCUAUUUUUCAGAUGACUAGGAUUUAGACUAUAGGUAAGAAUGAGAUUAAUUUACCGGAACAGUUCACAAAUAGUAAUUUAAAUAUUAAGUAUUUAUGGUUAUUGAACGCAAAUUUUACUUAAAACAGAGUAUUAUUCUCUCAUUUCGACAUCACCAAAGACAUGGAACCGACACGUGGUAACACAUGACUAGUCUGGACCACUUCUGUGGAUCCAGAAUAACCAUGUAUAAUUAAAAAAAAAAACAGA